CAUCUCCUCGUCCCCCAUUUUGAGCUCCGCGCACCGUUGUUGGGUAAUAAACCGUCUGUCGCUUUAGAGACUCAACAAUAUGUCUGACCAGCUUUGCAAACUCUUCGUCGGCGGCCUCAACGUGGACACCGACGACGAUGGCCUCCGCAAACACUUCGAGCAGUACGGCUCCCUCACCGACUGCGUGGUCGUCGUGAACAAGCAGCUGCAGCGCUCCCGCUGCUUCGGCUUUGUCACCUACUCCACUCCGGAGGAGGCCGACGCGGCCAUGGCGGCCAGGCCGCACACCGUCGACGGGAACCCGGUGGAGGUGAAGCGCGCCGUGGCGAGAGAAGACGCCAACAAACCCGAAGCCCUCGCCAAGGUGAAGAAGAUCUUCGUGGGCGGUUUGAAAGACGACAUCGAGGAGGAGCAUCUGAGCGAGUACUUCUCUCAGUACGGGCAGAUCGAGAAGGCCGAGGUGAUCUCCGAGAAGGAGACCGGGAAGAAGCGCGGCUUCGGCUUCGUCUACUUCACCGACCACGACGCGGCAGACAAAGCGGUCGUUGUGAAAUUCCACACCGUUAACGGACACAAAGUGGAGGUGAAGAAGGCGCUCACCAAGCAGGAGAUGCAGGCCGCCAACAGGAGCGGGAUGUCGCCGAGAGGAAGGCCCGGAAGAGGCUUUAGGGGGAAUCAAAAUGGCUACGGAGAGAGGAACUACGGCGGGAACUACAACUACGGAAAUGGCGGCGGGUACAACGGCGGUGGAGGUGGCGGCGGAUACGGUGGCUACGGAGCGCCGUACGGAGGCGGUGGCUAUGGAGACCAGGGCAGCUAUGGAGGUGGGAACGGCUACAACGACUUCGGCAGCGGGUACGGCCAGCAUUCUUCAGGUUAUGGCCCAAUGAAAGGGCCACCAUUCGGCGGGCAGCGCAGCGCGGCUCCGUACAACAGAGGUGGAGGCGGAGGCGGGUAUCCAAGGGGGGGCGGCGGCGGCGGAUAUGGAGGCGGGUACUAAAAUAUCCACAUCAAACCUCCCCCACUUCCAUCCCCCAACCAUGCCCUCCAGCAGCCAGGAUUUGGACGACAAAAUUACAAAAAAAAGGGGGCUUCUGCUGUGAAAUCCAACAAAUGGCAGAGAUACGGACACAGACCCCCCCCCCACACAUCCCCCCCUACCUAAUCACCAGACCUCAAAACCCCCAAAACAGGUUGCUACGGUAACCUGGGCACGAGGACAUCACCCUGACAACGAUUGGGGUGUGUGUCUCCACGCCGACUGGGGGACCGGAGAGUGGUUGUGCCUUCUCCCCCUCAGGAUAAUGGUGCUUGACGAUUUCUGGAAAGGAUACAUCUGUUAUGUUCGCCGUGCUUUUUAUGAAUCUACAAUAAAUUAUAUAUUUUUAUACACCA